CUUUGACUCAUUGCAAUUUCUGAUCAAUCUGUGAAUUUUGGGCGAGAACUCAAUUACUUGGUCUGAAUUCAGACAUCAAUAAUUUUCCUAAAUAAGGGGGAAAAUCCCUUCUUUCUCUCGAAAUUAUCGAUUGUUUUCUUGUCAUCGUUGACAUGAAAAUCCAAAUCCAAAGAAAGGGUUUUUUGUUCCUUUUGAUUUCAGUUUUCUUGUUAUGGAGCCCGGCGGAAUCGAUUCGGUUCGAUCUGGAAUCCGGUCACACCAAAUGCAUAUCGGAGGACAUCAAGAGCAAUUCUAUGACUGUUGGAAAAUAUCAUAUUGUAAAUCCCAACGAAGGACACCCUCUGCCUGACUCUCACAAAGUCACCGUUCGGGUUACAUCAGCAUACGGAAACAGUUAUCACUCAUCGGAACAUGUCACUGAGGGGCAUUUCGCAUUUCAAGCAGUCGAGGCAGGUGAUUACAUGGCUUGCUUUUUUGCCGAUGAUAACAAGCCUUCUACUACCGUGACUGUUGACUUUGACUGGAAGUCCGGCAUUGCUGCCAAGGAGUGGAGCAGUGUUGCCAAGAAAGGUUCCGUUGAAUUGAUGGAAAUUGAACUAAAGAAAAUGUUAGACACAGUCCAAACCAUCCACGACGAGAUGUUCUAUCUACGUGAAAGGGAAGAAGAGAUGCAGCUGCUGAAUAAAUCUACUAACAGCAAGAUGUUCUGGUUUAGUUUUCUAUCGAUUCUUGUUUGCCUAUCUGUAUCUGGAAUCCAGCUAUGGCAUUUGAAAUCUUUCUUCGAGAAGAAGAAGCUCAUCUGAUCUAAUGUACUUUUUGAGUAAUUUAUUAGCAUUUCUGCGUACUGUAAAAUUACUUAGAGAAGAAAUGAAUUACAGUUUUGAUUCGAUUUGGCAACAGAAUAGUAAUAAAUUUCAUUUUGUGUUGUUA